AUGAGAUGGAAGCUCACAGUGCUCAUAAACAGAGGAUGGCUAAAUCAAGGAGGCAGACAGAGAAGAAACGUAGCACAGCCGAGAAACAUGUCAGUUUUAAGUGUUCUUCAACAAUACUUUUCCGGGAGCCUCAAGGAUGCAGCAAAAAGCAUUGGUGAGUUCAAUUCCACCGUACGGGGUGAGUCUAUGGAGGGCAUGGAGGCAACAUUGAAGUUUGAUCCAAUUACGGGAGGUCUCGUGGCUGCUGGCUCUACGAACCAAGAGUUUGAACCAAAAAAAUGUUCUCUUAUCCCCAGUAAUAAUCAUGUUAGAGACACUGAUGUUGUUACCCACUACACGAUCUCAGCAACUCCGACAUCUUGCAUUGAUAUUGAGACCAGCACUAUGAAAAUGGAAGUCUUUUGUGGAUGGAAAUGA